UGCAGGAGGAUGAAUCGUCAGGCGACAUCGUGAUCAGGUCCUAACUGAUUUCUAAAGUUUGCACAUGUUCUGCCAUAGAUGUGGAUAAAAGGAAGAGGUUUUUCUGACAUGGAAAAAGUCUUCUUACAAAGUCAGGAGCAGUCUGAAUAACCUGGAACAAACGUGGGAUGGCUGAGGGUGAAUCCAUAAUGGAUACGUCAGAGGAGGACGAGGACUUCUAUGAUACAAUGGAGGAUCUUUACUGUGAGGAAGGAGGACCUCCUGCAACUCUGCAGUCUGACUAUGUUCCUCCACCAGAAGUAACAGUCCUCCAUGUUGGCAGUGACGCUGUCUCUCUUGGUGUGGCACCCAGUGGCUCCUCUGUUAAGUAUAAACUCCACAUAGAGUACAGCUGUGGCACACGUGGAGGCAGCUUGAUCAUGGACGAGUGCAGCACCGUAGAUGUGGAUGGGCUGAGUCCUGGAACUGAGGUCACCGUCAGCAUCACAAGGACCGCUGAAAACGGAAUUCAAAGCACAGCAGCCUGUGUAUCAGUUUUUACAGAGCCCGUCCCUCCUGUGUCAGUAACAGUCUGCAACAGCAGCAGUGAGUCGGUGUCUCUGCAGUGGGACACUCCUGCUGGUGAGGUGGAGAGUUUCAUCGUGGCGUGUUGCAGUGACAGAGAAACUGUACAGGAGCUGGCCACAGAAACAAACAGUGCAACCGUCAGCAGCCUGAGGCCAGGGCUGUGGUACACCAUACGAGUUUCUGCACGCCUUACAAAUGGAAGAAUCAGCGAGCCAGCUGUAACAUCUGCCAGAACAAGUAAGUAAAAGAAAGAUUAAUUAAGAAAACAAAGACAAAAAGAAACACAUUUUAAAUUGAGAGUUAAGCCUAGUUUAUUUGUUACCAUCCUCAGUGAAUGGAUUAAAAAAAAAAGAAAAGAUAAUAGCACAAUGUCUUCAUUGGACCUCCACGGCUCUCAGAAAGGCUAAAUUACACCCUCUGCCAUCCAAAAAAAGAUAUGAAGAGCAGGACAACAAUAACAAGGUUAUUCAAUCUCCAACCAUCAGAGGCCGUCUGCUCGAUCAGCUCCGACUUACUUAAAACCUUUUAAAUCCAAAACAUA